AUGACCACCCCCCGCUUCUCCUCCAACGACGUAACCGUCGUCUUCUUCCUCGGCGGCCCAGGCAGCGGCAAAGGAACUCAAUCCGCCAACCUCGUCAAAUCCUACGGCUUCGUCCACCUCUCCGCCGGCGAUCUCCUGCGCGCCGAACAAGAGCGCGCCGGCAGCCAAUACGGCGAUAUGAUCCGCGAAUACAUCCGUGAAGGCAAGAUCGUGCCUAUGGAAGUGACCGUUGCGCUUCUGUCGAAUGCGAUGGCCGACUCGCUUGCGUCCUCGCCUCCCCCCGCUGGAACCAAGGCGCGAUUCCUCAUCGACGGUUUCCCCCGCAAGUUGGACCAGGCCCACUUCUUCGAGGAUACUGUCUGUCCGUCUGAGCUGGUUCUGUUCCUCGAUUGCCCGGAGGAUGUGAUGGAGUCGCGGUUGUUGAAGCGUGGUGAGACUAGUGGUCGUGCGGAUGAUAAUGCGGAGUCUAUUCGCAAGCGCUUCAGGACUUUUGUUGAGACUUCUAUGCCUGUUGUUGAGUACUUCCGGGGUAAGGAUCGGGUUGUUGAGGUUAAGGCUGAUAUUCCUGUUGAGGAGGUCUUUGCUAAGGUUAAGGCUGGUAUUGAGGCUCGUAACAUUCACCCUCGUUAG